AGAUAAUUAUGAAUUGAGCCGCCGAGACGAACUCAUUUGCAAGCGAGCCACUCGCCCUAAUAACAGUUUGUUGAUAAUCGGGGAUAAUGAAGUUUAGCUCGUUAUAUGUCUUGUGUUUGGGCUUGAGUUUGGUGGAAACUCGACCGUUUGAUGACACUUGGAAGAGGGAAAGAGACGAGGUCAUUGACUGGUUGCUACAAGAAAAAAUUAUAGAAAAUGAGGAGCGAGGUGGAAAUCUACACGGGCACAUUGUAGGCGUAAAUGAGGCAUAUGACGAAAUCAGCCGCCGUGGAGGAAUGGGUGCGAUUCCAAUUGAAGAGGAAAUCGUGGCCGUAAAUGAAGAUCCUUACAAUCGUCCCGGAUGUGGUGAUCCACUGUUCGAGGGGGACUUGUGUCUAGAUCCUGAAGACGAGGCGGUCGUCAAUCACGCGGUCCCUGAGACAGACUUAAAGAGAAACAUCAUUCGCAACGGGAAAAAGCUUUGGCCGGGAAAAACUGUGUACUAUUUUGUGGACGACAAUUUGAAGCAUUUACGACCCAAAAUCAACGACGCUCUGAGUAAAAUCAGUAGUAAGACUUGUUUAAAAUUCAAAGAAGUUGGUUCGUCUUAUGGAGGAGACUACAUCAAGAUGCACAAAGGCAAUGGGUGCUGGUCAAAGGUAGGUCGUGUCGGUGGAAGUCAACCUCUCUCCCUUGGGAGUGGGUGUGAAUACGUGGGUGUUGUCAUGCACGAGCUUAUGCACUCUCUCGGUAUUUGGCACGAACAGAGUAGAACGGACAGAGAUAAAUAUGUGGAGGUUUUGUGGCAUAACAUCAAAAAAGGUUAUGAGAAAAACUUUGAAAAGUAUGACCAUGGCAAGCUAGACAGUCUAAAUCUGCCGUACGACUUUGAUUCCGUAAUGCAUUAUGACAGGUAUCUGUUUUCAGUUGAUGGAAAAAAACCAACGAUCAUCGCCAGACGACAGAUAUGGAGGGAACUUGGAGGGCAACUCAGAGGAACUCUGACCGAUAAUGACAUCGCAGAGAUUCGGGCGCUAUACGGGUGUUAACGUGAGACAAUUAGAGUCUUCGAUCAGGCAUUCAUCAUCAAGAAGCGAAAAAGAAAGAGCUCACAGGAAUUGAAAUAGUUUCCUUUUAGCAAAUGCAACAUUAAAGCAGAUCUAGAUCAAGAAGUAGCAGCUUGUUACGGAACGUUAUUAACAGAAUUGUGGCAAUAAAUGUUUGUAAAAUGUAUGACUAGGUGAAAUAAAUUCGUAUUGAAUGUUGAA